AUGGAACAACCAGCAGCGCAGAUAGCAAGUCGAGAAAGCAAGUCUCCAGCGUUGACAUUCGACGUUGUCCUCUCGGUUGUGGAUGGCUUAUGGCUCCAACUCCCGCAUCCAGUGGAAGACUUCCUGGCCCAGAUGCGGAAGGCCAAGUUCAUCGAGUGUGACUAUCAGGGGGCGCAGGCAUAUCUCAGGUGUGGUUUCAUCCCUUAUACCAAUGACAUGGACAUUGAGAUUCCUAUUGAAAACUACAGUCCAGACAUUGUGCCGGCGUUUAUAGAAGCGGGAUUUAAAGUCAACGUGAAGGGGAAGAUAUCUGACAGCUACCAAAUGUCCAUUAAAGCUGGUCUUGUCAGGAUGGAUGUGUAUUUCGUCUAUGAGGAGGAGACUUAUUGGUGGGUGGGAACAACCAACAGAUUCACUGGCCAGAAGUACAAGCUCUUUCUUCCAAAGUCUGACACAUGCUGGACUGACUUCAUGGGUUACCGUGUGCGGGUUCCGUGUCCUACCUUACCCUACAUCACUGCCAACUAUGGGCAGAACUGGAUCACUUCGGUCAAGCAAUGGGACUACAAGACAAACGGCAGAAACAUUAAACCAAACGGGAUGGUGACAAAGGAAGAAUUGAACAAUGUGGUACAUGUGAUGACAUAG